AUGAUUAGUUCAGGAGGUGGCUUAUCCGGUAUAGAUGAAGCUUGCAUCAAGGCCCAAGACAUGAUAAAUAACGUGCUCUCCAUAACAAUGGAAUGGAGGGAUGGAGAAGCACAGGAGUCGAGUAGGUUUGACGGUGGCCAAGGUUUGACAUCAAAUUGUCAUUCCCAUAGCAUUCAGUCUAAAUUAACUAGAUUAUAUUUAGAGGAAUUGAGAAAAGUGCCCCAUGCCACACCGGACUCAAUUCUGAGUAACCUGGAAAAUGAGUGUGAUUUAUUAGGACGAUUGGUGGAACGUGAGGGCCUUCACACACUAAUUGUUAAUCUUUAUGCCGGUAACAAAGGAUACUCAUUGGGUAUAAGAAAUAACGAUAAAGUCACCAAGAAUUCUAGUAAACUUGAUAAAAAUUCAUUUGUCGCUGAGACACAACUAAUGGGAUACGAACAGGGAGAAUUUUUGUCAUGUAUUGAUAAUGGUCAGUUACCUGCGGUUCUUGCUGAACAGCUCGAGCCCAGUCAUUCACAUUUAUUUUACGAUGGAUGUAUAAUAGCUGAAGUGCGCGAUUACCGUAAGGGAUUUUCUCAUAAUAGAGCGGAAAUUUAUCAUGUUCUUCUAAAACCAACAACUCAAAGUGUAUUGUCUGAUGUUUCAACGUUAACCAAUGAUGGUGAAUGGAGUCACGAGGAGCGCCUUAUCUUAGAAUCACGUUUAAUAGCGGCAACACAGGGCCCACUUUGUUUAGAUCCAAAUCCAGUUGGAGCAUUGGCUUCGACACGUCUACGUAACAAUAGAUCAUUGCUCACUGAUACUCAAUUGGUGCGUCAGGCUAAAAAAUAUUCUCAAGUUACAGUCAAUAGAAAGAGAAAACUCGAACAAUUAUUACAGAACAACAACAACAACAACAACCGCAGUAGCAAUAAUAACAACAACAACAGCAGCAGCAGCAGCAGCAAUACAUGCACUGGCAAUGGACAUGUUACAAUACAACAGCUUCAGGAGCGCGUACGUGCCAAGAGGAUUCAAGGAGGCCAAGGGGGACCAGGAGGACAGUCUUCAUCGAUAAUCACUGCCUGCCCGCCACCUUCAUUAUUGAAUCCACCACUUUUACCUCCAAGUACACCAGUUGAUGUUCUGAAUUAUGCUAAAGCAUAUGAGAGACCUCGGGAAACUAAAGACUGUCUGGCCCAAUUAAUUGAGGAAUAUAUACUUGAGACUGAACGAGGCCAGGGGCGUAUUUAUCAUAUUAAAUUAUCUAUUCUUCAGAGGCCAUCGAAUUCCGAAUAUUUGGGUGAAUUGUAUGUGGAUCGGGAUUAUCGUGAAGGUGAACGAAAUGGCUCGUCAUGUAGAUUUACCCUUGGUACAAGAGUUCAAGCUAAUCAUUAUAUGCAACAAUUUACUGAAAUAUUCACUGAAGAGGGGAGAAAAAAUGUUAGGAUAAAGCAUGUUGUGCCAGGUCAAGCACCCCGUGUUACAUGUACACCAGGAAUGCAACGGGCUCAACAGCAACAGGCUCAGCAGUUGGCGAUUGCUCAGCAAUUUCAACAGCAAAUACUAUCAAGAGCACAAACUCAAAUAGCUCUCAAUAAUGCCACCACUGUAUUAACUAAGACACCUCUCGCACUAGAAAGAUUAUCAUCAUCAUCAUCAUCAUCAUCAUCAUCAGCGGUCAAUUGUCAACAAAAUGAGGGCAUUAAUAAUUCAUCAAUAUCUACACAACAAACACUCCAAACACUCAAAUCUAAUGAGCCUAACAUAGUUCAGUCACUCUCAGUCAAUGGUUUAGCCAGUGCUCUUGGUCCAACGCCUGAUGCUACUUGUACCACCACCGUUAUUAAUCCUUCCGUAUCAAUUUCUACUCCUUCUGCCACCUCUCAAUCAUUCGCCGCAUCACUCUCUUCCGAUUCGGCUCCUGUGAAUUCCAUUAAUACGCCUGGUAUUCUUGUUUUUCAACAAAAAUCAUGUCCCCCCCCAACAAUUAAUAAUAUCUCUCAGUCUACUAAUGUACCUGUUUUACAAGCCCAACUUCAAGCGACAGCUCAAAAUACAAUUACCUCGGAAUCUACAAAUCAAUCGGAAAUUACAUUCAAAAAACAUUCAACUAAUCCUGCGAUCAGUGCUCUCGUUACUUCACUUAUGAACUCGGCCCAACAGUUUCAACAGCAGGCCGCGGCUAAUGCAGCCGCAGCGGCAUUGAGUAAUGCAAGCCAACAGUCACAACAAUCACAGCCACCGCCGCCACCUCCACCGCCACCACCACCACC